GGUGCGCUCCGGGGAUAGGCUGCGCGGGGGAGCGGGAGCGGGGGGCCGGCGGCAUCACGUGGCUCCCGCUCCCGCCGCCGUCUUUCUCUGUCUCCUGGCCUGCGGUAGCCAUCUUGCUCUUCCCGCGUGCCGCUGUUGGAGGACCUUUCCUGCUCCAGAUACACCAACAGCAUGAAUCAAGAAAAGUUAGCCAAACUUCAGGCUCAGGUCCGGAUAGGGGGCAAGGGUACAGCUCGCAGAAAGAAGAAGGUGGUACAUAGAACAGCUACGGCUGAUGACAAAAAACUUCAGAGUUCUCUAAAAAAACUGGCUGUGAAUAACAUAGCUGGUAUUGAAGAGGUGAACAUGAUUAAAGAUGAUGGGACAGUUAUUCAUUUCAAUAAUCCCAAAGUCCAAGCUUCCCUUUCUGCUAACACCUUUGCAAUUACUGGUCACGCAGAAGCCAAACCAAUCACAGAAAUGCUGCCUGGGAUAUUAAGUCAGCUUGGUGCUGAUAGUUUAACAAGUCUUAGGAAGUUAGCUGAACAGUUCCCGCGGCAAGUGUUGGAUAGCAAAGCACCAAAACCAGAAGACAUUGAUGAAGAGGAUGAUGAUGUUCCAGAUCUUGUAGAAAAUUUUGAUGAGGCAUCAAAGAAUGAAGCAAACUAAAAUCUUUUCUGGUUUUUGGAAGCUGACAUGGACUAGAUUUAACAAAUCAGCUAUGUGGUUCCAAAGUUUUACAGACAUGGAGAACAUCAACUGUUACUAGUUCAGUAAUAUAAAUAUUUUGUAUAUUAAUAAUGCUGUUUGUUCAGCAUUUUUGGUCAUUUUAUUUUUGCAUUUUGCACUUCCUCCCAGGAUCUGUUCUUUUGGUCAAAAUGUAUUGGUGCAGUUGAGGGUGUUUUGAUUUUCAACUCUUGUUUUUUUGUUUUGUUUUUUUUGUUGGGAUAUUUUUGAUGUGUGUAUGUGUAUGUAUGCGUGUGGGUAUGUGUGUAAACAGUGGAGAACAAAUUGGAAAACAGUUCUAUUUAUCCUCCUCCUUCCCCCCAGUAGAAAUAAAAUAAAUCUUUACAUUU